AAUGAAGUCCAAAGUAUUUAUAUCAGCUUUUUCUUUUCCAGUAAAAAAUUAGUAUCAGAAUAGUCAACCACCCCAAACCUCAAUCACUAGUCUCUGACUCAGUUAGAGAGUCAAUCUGGGUAUUAUUCCGCCAUGUCUAAACCCAAUAAGAAACUAAAAUCUCUCAUCACCACAUACCCACAUCAUCAUCAUCAUCAUCAUCAUCAUCAUCAUCAUAAGCCCACUUCACCAUUAACACUCAUCAUCACAAUUCUCCUGACUUUCUCUCUCCCCAUUUCUGAGUGUCAAAACCCACCUCCUCCAUUACCAGUACUCCCAAUUCCUAGCUCCAAGCAACUAUCAUGGCAACAGACAGAAAUGGCAUUUUUUCUUCACUUCGGCCCCAACACUUUCACUGACUCUGAAUGGGGCGACGGAAAUGCCGAUCCUUCCGUCUUUUUCCCUUCCAAUUUCGACGCUAAACAGUGGGUUAACGUCGCUAAAUCUGCCGGAUUUUCUCGCGUUAUUUUAACUGCAAAGCACCAUGAUGGUUUCUGCCUUUGGCCCUCUUCUUACACUGAUUACUCUGUUAAGUCCAGCCAAUGGCGAGCUGGGAAAGGUGAUGUGGUGGGUGAGUUAGCUAAAGCUGCUAAAGAGGGUGGGAUUCAAUUGGGGUUGUAUCUCUCUCCUUGGGAUCGUCAUGAGAAGUGUUAUGGUAAAACUUUGGAGUAUAAUGAGUUUUAUUUGGCCCAAAUGACUGAAUUGCUUACUAGAUAUGGAGAGAUCAAGGAGGUGUGGUUGGAUGGUGCCAAGGGGGAAGGAGAAAAGGAUAUGGAGUAUUACUUUGACAUAUGGUUUGAUCUAAUUCAUCAGCUGCAACCUGAAGCUGUAAUCUUUUCUGAUGCUGGACCUGAUGUUCGAUGGGUCGGAGAUGAAGCUGGUACUGCUGGAUCCACAUGCUGGUCAUCUUUUAAUAGGAGCGCUGCAAAGAUUGGUGGCACCGAUCCCCAGUACUCACGUGGAGGCGACCAACAUGGACAUGAUUGGGUACCUGCUGAAUGUGAUGUCUCCAUCAGACCUGGUUGGUUUUGGCAUGCAUCAGAAGCACCGAAAUCUGCACUCUCUCUCCUCGACAUCUACUAUAAAUCAGUAGGCAGGAACUGUCUUAUGCUGCUGAAUGUGCCACCAAACACCUCUGGACUUAUAUCCAAUGAGGACAUACAAGUCCUUGAAGAAUUUGCUGAGCUUCGAACCUCCAUAUUUUCCAAUAACCUAGCUAGGCAUGGCAUUGUAACUGCAAGCAGUACACUAGGUGAUGAUAAUUCGCCCUUUGGUGCUUCCCGUGUUCUUGAAGAAAGCAUUUACACAUAUUGGGCGCCAGAAAAGGACCAAGCUCAUUGGAUAUUGUAUUUAGACUUGAAGGAAAUAAUAACUUUCAAUGUUUUGCAACUUCAAGAACCAAUUCAGUUGGGGGAGAGAAUCAUAGUCUUUCAUGUUGACAUCAUGAAUCACGAAGGGGAAUGGGGAAGAAUCUGGGAUGGGACAACAAUCGGAUAUAAGAGAUUUUUGCAGUUUCCUGAAGUGAAAUCUCAGUACUUGAGGUUGGUCAUUAAGAGAUCUCGUGGAGACCCACUUAUUUCCUUCAUUGGGGUUCAUAUGGAUCCUUAUAUAACUUUGACAAGCCUACCUGAACCUGAUACAACCGAAAUGGUGCCAUCAAAUAUGGCCAAGUUUUGGAGCAAGUUAAAAGACAUUCUCUUUCCUAUACCAUACAAGGAGAUGUCUCUCAGAUCUCAAAUCUAGACAAGUAACCUCUAUCUCGGGCUCGCACAAACCCGUUCUUCAAGUGGCAAAAAGAAAGGGUGUAAUCCUCAAUGUGCUGAUCCUAAUAUUCCAUGGUACAGAAUGUAUCAUAUUAUUAUAUAGCUAUACUGUGUAUCAUCUCAAGUGAUUGUUGGUGCAUCUUUAAUUUUCUUUUUGUUGUCUUCUCGACAAGGAAUAACAUGUUCAUUUAUUUGUGUUUCAUGGAGAGGGAUUUUUCAGAGCAAUUGCUGUGAUUUGGUUCAUAUCAGCACAUGUAACCAGAAUUUCUUGAUCUAGUUGAAUUGGAUAUGAUUUUCUCA